AAAAAGUACAAACCUCGAAUCAAAGAACCCAAAAAUGGCCUUCAUUGUCAUUUAUCCGGCCGUGGCCUUCCUGGCCAUGUUCAUCGUCAUCGUCAUCAUGCUGAUCCUCAGAUGUGGAGGUCGAUUGGGACUUCGCCAUACUGCGCUCCCGGAUGAUAACGAUCUACGGGAGCAUACGUACGAUCAAAAAGUUAGCUAUGCCUGAUUGAGUCGAGUGUUCAGUUCACACUCUUGCGCCAUCCCUUCCGCUUUUCCCCCUCCCAUAUAAUCAACGAUAAGAAUCUCUGACGGACAGCGGAGAAAUGCCAAAUGGGUGUUAGCAUCUUUUUAGUCAGUAGCAUAUACCUAAACCAAUUCGAUUUCCUCAUGUUGCUUUCUUUCUUCCUUACUUUCACGUCAAACUCAGAUAAACGACAUAAUCCUCAAGGGUUAAACCGGAAAUACCCACAAUCAAUGCGACUCAAUCAGUUUCUCUCGUUCGGGGAACAAUUUCUUCCUACUUAGCCGUCCUAUCCUAUUGCACUGGAUAAAAAAAUAACUUUUUCCUAUCAUAACAGCGAAAAAGUUUUCGGGAGUUCUAAGCGCUCCGAAGGCUGAUCGGAAUUUUUCUCAUUUCCGGUGGUCACAUCGACACCAUUCCACAGUGGGCCAGAUCGCAAACUUAGAAGGAAACAAAUAUUUUAACUAUAAAAAUUUAAAUAUUGAAAAGUUUUGGAACGAAAGGUUUUUUUUCGCAAAACUGUAUUACAUAUAAGGACAAAAUUUUGUCAUUAGGAUGGUCCUAAACAAUUCAAUUUUUUUUCGAAAUUUUGUUCUAUAUCAGCCUACUUUUUCUCAAAAUAUUGUCCACCGACAAAAACAGUACUGAAAAGUGCUACUUUUGAAGCACUUUUCGGUUCUGUUUUGGGAGUUUGCAAAUUAAUAUCUGUGGAAUUGCACUGGAUUUCUCAAUAACUUAGUCAAAAAGUUUCUAAUUCAAAAUCUGUUUGACGAACCUAAUUCGACGCUGAUGUGGGAUUAUGAGUUGAAAAAAGGAUCGACGCUCUCAAAAAUAUUCCAUCUAUAAGGACAAUUUUCGUAAUUGCAAAAAAAAAAUGUUUUAUGAAAUCCUAAGCAAAACUAGAUUUUUGCAGUACUCGCCAAAUCUUAAUUUUGCUGCUUGUUGCAUAAUAUGAGUUUACACAACAAGUUACAGAAUGAUGAUUUUCUUAGUCAAAAAAUUUUUCCCUCUUAUUUCUUCGAUCUGGUCAAAUGUCCAUUCGCUGAUCUAAUCUUGAAUGAAACCGAUUCCAUCCAAUAGUAUACUUAGAUAGACGCAUUUUUUAUGAUACUGUCCACGUUUUUUUUUGAAACCUAGCUUUUAAGAAACCAUAUUUUAAAUCAUUCCUCUAGAACAGCACCAAUUUUAAAGUUAACAUUCCACCGAAACCGAUGAUUAUGAGUGGCGUCACCCAGGCAAUCCCAUUUCAAUACAAUAAACCAGACCGUUAAACGAACUUCGCUUCAUUGACAAAGCGAAACGCAAUCAUCCACCAACAAUUAGUGAGUUUAAAUUUUUAUCACAAUGAUUGUGUCCGAGGGAUGAGGCGGUCACACCUUUGGGAGUCAUUGCGUACGAAAUGUAGAUGCCAUUUGUCCACUUUUUUGCAUUGAAAACCACUCUCAAAUACAGUGCCUCGACCGCCCUUUGGCUGACGCCACCGUAAAAACAGCAAUAAAAAUAAAAACCAUCAUAAAAUGCAUAACAAUCAAACACACCUCAUUACUAAUUGAAUGGCAGGGAGGAAAACCCCCGCCAGCUUCGGUAGCAUACCUUCACGUGUUCAGUUUUUAAUUAUUGAAAAAAGUUUAAUAUGUACACAAACAUAGCAUCCUCAGUGGGCACGCACAAACAUAACGAAUGCAUGCAUCCAGACAAAUGAGUAUAAUUAUGAAUUUUUAUGUAUUUUUAUUAUUGUAUCAAUCAGAUAAAUUCGAGUAAGAUUAAACCACUGAAGUAUUGUCAUAUCGGUUGAAGAGAAAUAUAUUUGAAGAACAUCAGAAU